AUUUGUGUGCGUUUACGACAUAACACGCAUUUUCGAGCUUAUAUUGAAGUAAUAUUUCGUGUUCUACGAGUUCGGAAGCGUUAAUCUGGCACGUUUCCGACAUAUUGACGAAAAGUCUACCAGAAACAGACAAUAGUGAUUCGCGAAAGUUUCUCUAUGUUUAUGAGCCGUCUUCGCAAGAUGGCUAUCGGAGGUCCAACAACGACAGACCGUCCAGCUCACGACUAUGCCAACUUCAAGCGUCAAUACAAACUUGGCGCUGAACUUGGACGAGGUGGAUUUGGCACCGUUUACUGCGGAUUUCGAAUGUGCGACAAUUUAACGGUCGCCUGCAAAUAUGUGAUGCGUUCGAAUGUGACUGAAUGGGCAUGUAUGGAUGGCCGAAUGGUUCCACUAGAAAUCGUGCUACUGAUGCGAUGCCGAGGAAUUCCCGGCGUGAUUCAAACGAUUGAUUGGUUUGAACGCCCAGACGGUUAUAUGAUAGUGAUGGAACGACCAAGUCCGUCCACUGACCUGUUCGACUACAUUUCCGAGAAAGGCGCCCUCACCGAAAGUGUCGCGCGUGACUACUUCCGUCAGGUGGUCGACACCGUGCUCGCGUGCUAUCGUGUAAAUGUCAUCCAUCGCGACAUAAAGGACGAGAAUCUCGUAGUUGACAUGAAAAACGGUCUUGUCAAGUUGAUCGACUUCGGAUCAGGCGCUUUCCAUAAGGAGGGACCCUAUACCGACUUCGAAGGAACGCGCGUCUACAGUCCACCAGAGUGGAUUGAAGAGUCGCGUUAUGAUGGCCUCGAAGCAGCCGUUUGGUCUCUCGGCAUACUUCUCUUUGAUAUGGUAUGCGGUGACAUCCCUUUUCGCAAGGAUUCAGAGAUUUGCAAUGGACAUCUACAGUGGAGAAACCACAUUUCGGAAGAGUGCAAGGAUUUGAUACGACAGUGCCUUGCACGUGAAGGCAACGAUAGACCAUCGUUGGAAGAUAUUCUUGGACAUCCAUGGAUGCAAGUUGAAGGAGCAAAUGGUGCAGCAAAAAAUGAACUGAACGCCGUACGACACAAACUCGCAAGCGUUCCGGAUCGUUUGGUCACGGAAGCACAACCACAUCCACAUCCACGAGUUCCACUAACAGCCACACGUUCCGAUCAGUUCUUACUGACACCAUCGACCAGCAACAGUACGAACACUACGGUAUCGUCGUCGACAAAUACAGCGGCGAUUUUUGAAGGAGCCACACUUGAACGAGUUCCACAUCCAGAGGUUCCACCGUUCACCACCAAUCCGCGAUUGCUCACCGGUGGACCGAUUGGAUCUCCAUGCCGACGUUAUCCCUUUCAGCCGCGUCAGUCGGCAUCCGUGGCCCCGGUACCAGCUCAACCCACGACGACACCUUCAUCAACCGCCACCGCAUCACCAGUGACAUCGAUAUCUCGUGACAUGAUGUCACAACCGGACAGAACGGACUCAUUCGCCUCGAUGUGCACCGCAUCCGCGCACUCAUCGGGCUCGUCUGGCUACGGAACCACGACUCCUUCGCCUCCAAUGGCCGAUGACUGUCCGCUGGCGACGUAUUAGGUGCCCCAUCGUGUCCCAACCUUACCACUAGCACAUUUCAGUGCCAUGUGUGUCCUACAAUGAGCUUGCGCAGCUUCUGCUUUCUCCCCUGUUUUCUAGCCCCACAUAGCGAGAAGCGUUGCGCCUCAUCUCCACCCGGUUACGUAUGUUGCCUUGCUCACAGAGUGCAUCUGUCUCUCUCGUCGUCGUCUCGCGAAGUCCCGACCCUUAACUCUUUCCGAAACAGCUCUCUGUGCCGAACAUUUGUGUGUUUGUGUUUGAUUGUCCUAUUGUACAUACUUAUCACAUAUAUCUUCACUGUUCUUAUCAUAUUAUUUUCAUGCGCUUGCAUGCGUCCUUUAAUAAGCAUCUGUCUCGCUUGUACAUACUAUGACAAAUUGCUUCUCCUACUUUCUCUCUCGCUUUUUGACCCCCCCCUUCGACCCCAUGUAAGUACGACCCUAAAGAUUGUUAUUUAGCUGUAUUACAUGAUAUGUUUAUUGGGAGUUAACUAUAGUAAUCCGAUACAUAUAUAUCUUAUAUCUUACUCGAUGAAUGUACUAUGCUAAGGCGUGCCCUAUUCUCUCUCUCCGUCUGUCUCUCUGUCCUUAGCAAAGUGAAUCUUUGCGCUCACACCCUUUCCCUUUCCAUUGCGAGAAAGUAUGUCGAUGAUGUAAAUGUAUACUACUAAUAAUAUGUUGGGAAAAGUUAGUUUGGAAACGCUCCCGCCGCCCUUUUGUGCGCGCUCUGACAAAUUGCUCACUCUCCUUUUUCUCUCUAUCACAGAUGAUAUAGUAAUGUAUUGUCUUUGCGAGUUGUAAAGUAUAUUAAUUUAUGAAUUUUUUUUUCGAAGAAAUGUACGAAUUAUAUAUUUUUUUAUCAAUAUAUGGGGUGGCACACGUAUGUGGUUUCGAAAUAUGCACACUAUGAUGAAUUUUGUA